ACGAACAACAAAGUAAAAGUGUUGUGAUGGAAAACGGCAAACAAGGCAGCAAUGCGACAAGUAUUUUGAAAAGCAUUCGUUAGUUUAUUGUAGACCUCUUGAUUCAUUUGACGGAAUCGUGUCGAGUGGAAUAUCGUCCGCAUCUCUCAUAGAAAACCAAUUUGUAUUAUAUUUGAAUGAUUGAAGAGCAGUAAUAAGAAUAAGAAACACUCUUUAAUAAUUAACAAAAAAAUAAGUAAAUAAAAUUUGGAAAAGUGUUGCAAUUGAAUGAAUAAAAAAUAAUUGAAAAUUUCGUUAUAAUUUUUUUCGGAAAAAAAUUGACAAUAAUAAUUACAAAAAAAAUAAUAAAGGAGAUCAGAAAGUGAUAUUUAAAAGAACUUUUAAAAGAAGUGUUCCAACAUAAUUAAAAGAAGUUCAGCAAACGAAAAAAAAAUCGAAAAAAAAAUAACAAAUUAAAAUAAAUGUCAUGUGAUAAAAGUCUCAUGAUUUAAAAAAUUAAUUAAGAAAACAGAAACUUUACAAGCUUUUGUUGUAUUUAUUUGUGGUUCAUGACAACCAUAUUGCAUCAAGAUUCAACUGGAGAUUAUCCAGAGCAAGAGCACGGACAAGAAGAUACAACUGAGCACGAUACCGUUUUGCAAUUGCCAGAAUUAAAUGGCGUCGAUUUGGUUAUGAGCCUUUCGCCAAAAGGCACUACAACAACAAUUACCACAAAUAACAACCUAACUAGCUUACAGCAAUUACAGAACUUACAUAACAGCACUUUACACAAUCAUUCAACACCCUUCAGUGUUACUGAUAUCCUGAGUCCAAUUGAAGAAUACCGAAAACUGGAACUUAACGCAAAUCCUCCGUCGCCUUACAGGUCUAAUUCCAGUGGCAGUAGUGUCAAUUCACCCGGCACUUUAAGUCACGGAACAAGCAUGGCCAAUCCAUACACAAUGGGUCCUCUUUAUCACAGUCCAGGAGUACAGAGUUACUGUACACCAACAGAUAAUCUAUCGUUAGCAGGCCAUUAUACGGAUAUGAGUCGAUCUGCAGCAGGAUGGUAUGGUUCAACGGCGAAUGAUCCGAGAUUUGCAAUUUCACGACUAAUGAGUGGAUCAACGGGCGGCUCUAUGGGACACAUGACAAAUAUGGGAAGUUUAGCUGCGUGUAGCGUAACUGAUUCGAAACCGAUGCAAUUUCCUUUGGCACAACGAAGAAAACGGAGAGUUUUAUUUACACAAGCGCAGGUAUAUGAAUUGGAGAGAAGAUUCAAACAGCAAAAAUACCUUUCAGCACCCGAAAGAGAACAUUUAGCAAGUUUAAUUCAUUUGACGCCAACGCAGGUGAAAAUUUGGUUUCAAAAUCAUCGAUACAAAUGUAAGCGACAAGCAAAAGAAAAAGCAAUGGCUGAGCAAAAUCAACAUAAUCAGUCAGCAAGUUCACCACGUCGAGUUGCCGUUCCCGUAUUAGUUAAAGAUGGAAAGCCAUGUUCAGGCAGCUCAAAUACAGGCAAUACGCAUUCCGGUUCUUCACAUUCUCAACAAAAUCUUAACAAUAUAAGUAGUGUAGCUGCAACGGCUUUAUCGAGCGGAUCAAUUGGUUCGGGCGGCGGAAAUACAAAUCUCCUUGCUAAUAGUGACGCCAAUAAUCAUUCACCCGAUACGCCAUCCUCAAUUUUGCCAAGCUACAAUACGAGUGGGCAUCAAACACAAAUGCUACAACAACCAUGCAAUAAUGCACUUAUGUCAAAUAGCUUGGCAAUGGCAUACAGAAAUCAAAAUAACUUUAUGAGUAAUCAACAACAAUGCGGAAGUUAUUUGCCACUGCAGGGGAGAGCUUGGUAAUAUUACGUAGAUAAAUUAGGGAUAAUGCGGGGAAAUAACAACAACAAUUAUAACGAUAACACCCAUAAUCAACAAAAAUCCCAAAAAGUGAAUAUUAAACAAGAACCUGCCACAGAGAAUGCUUUUGAUGAUGAGUACAACUAUCAGGACUUCUAUUAUCAGUAAGUUUAUUUCCUUUCAAUUUAUCUGCUAUUUGUUGGUGAUGUUUGUACAGGAAAACUAAAAACAGUGUUAGGGAAUUUAUUUAUAAAAACAAGUUAUCGAUAAAAUAAAACACUAACCUUGUGAAUAAAAUGUACCUUAAAUAAUUUAAUUUUAAUGGAAAAUCAAUUAUACAGUCUCUGUAAAUAAAACAUAUUAUUCUUAUUCCAAAAGGUUCAAGUAUGAGUCAAGAACUUAAGUUUUUCUUGACAUUUUUAGCUUUUAGAAGUAAUUUUCAUAAAAAUAUUUUGACUUUUAAGUCAAGUCCUUCAUUCAAUAUGGAAAUGUUUUGUUUUUUUUUUUUUUUCAUUUAAAAUCCGAUAGUGACUGAAUAUAAAACAUUUAUAAAAACUUAUAACAACAGAGAUUAUCAAUUAAAACUAAUUAAAUAAUGAUUCUUAUAUAACACAUAAAAUUGAGGACGAAAAAUGUACUUUAGAAAUACUUAGGAAUUAAUGCAAAAUGAUUAAAAUUAAUUUAAAUUAGAGAUGAUUUAAAAAUAAAUUUGUAAGGACAAAAAGUCAUGGAAAAUCGUUGUAACAAAUUAUAUAUAUUAUAUUAAAUAAAAAUAUACAUAUUAUAAACUAAAAA